AUGUUGCUAACACCCUUUUCUUUAUUUUUUGCUAUUAUUUUUAUUUCCGCUACAACUUUAUGCAACGGGGAAAACUUAAUAGAAGCAGAAACGGAAAAGCCGACUUCUUUGUCUAAUAAUUCUGAAAAAUCUGAAAAUUUUGAAAAAUCGAGUGCUUGUCUUGAAAUCACCCAAACGCCUAUGCCGGAAUGGAAAAUUAAAUUGGAAGAAGCCCGUGCUGAAGCUAAAAAGCGAAGUGAGGAACGUAAAGAAAGGGUUAAGAGAUUCCAGGAAGAAUAUAAACGUUGGAUGAAGUUACCUUUAGCUGAUAGAAGGGUUGAAAUGAAAAAGUGGUUUGCGGAGCGUAGGAAGGAGUGUCCAAAUUUUUGGUGCCCAAAUUUCCGGGAGACAGACACCAAGAACGGAAAGAAUGCAGAUGCUUUGUAUUGGGAAAGACAAGAACGUGCAAAAAUUCGUCGAGAAAAAAUUUUGGCACAAAUCGAGGCUAUUAGAAAUAAAAAUAAACUGAAGGCACUUCCAAAGACUGCAACACAGUCUACAACAAUAGAAGCAUCAACAAUAGAAUCGACAAUAGAGUCAACCCCAUUUUCCCCAACAACAGAAGCCUCAACCUCCCCAGCUACGGAAGAAAUAAAAAAUUCAACUGGGAUAACAGAGAUUAAAGUAACCGAAAACGCUACAAAAGCAUCAGAGGAACAACAACCAACAUCUACCGUAACCUCUUCUAUUAAUGCUUUGGAAGGUACAGAACAAUCUGUCAAGGUUGAGGAGGAGAAAAAAGAAGCCUCAAAAACAGAAGAUACAAACAACAAUGUUUCUGUAAUUUCUGAAAAAGAAAAACCAGAAAUCGAAACAAAUAAAAAUACAGCAGAAAAUAAGGAAGCUAUUGUGUAUAAUAAUGCUACGGAACAGCCAAAAAUUGGUAUUAAUCAAGAGAAGCCAAUAAACGAGGUGAUUUAUUGA